GUUUAGCAUUUAUAAGUCGACAUUGACUUCUUGUCAAUUCCAAAAUAAGGCUUCCGCAAAAGCACAUGGAUCACGCUUAUUUAUGAACUCUACUAAAAAGUGUCGAGUAGCAUUUUUGGUGUUUUUUAAAAUUGCUUUGAAUUCAACAGAAAGAUUCUUAAAUCAUUUUGACAAGCAAGCAACUCUUGUAGGCGAAUGCUAUAUGAAUUAAAAUGUCAUUUGGCUCACAGAACUUCGUUUUUUUAUUAUGUAUAUCCUCACAAAUACGAGUUUCUUUUGCUGUCAGUUCGUCGGACGGAUACGAUUUGCAAAGAGGCAUUGACGACGAGUUUAGGAACAUCGAAUGCGAUUCAAAACAAAGCAGAUGCACUAUGGAGCAAUGUGAAAGGCGAAAUGCUAAAUGUUCGGACAAUUCCUGCCGUGUAUGCCGAUGUCCUAACCGUGGCACAUUUCUCGUUUUUCCUGAUCUGGUCGGAAAAUGUUCUAAAGACGAAGACCUUGUGAAAGCAUUUGGAUGCUAUCAUUUUGAAAAGCUAGUCGCGCAUCUGAAUAGAAAGUCAUGCAAGAAGAGUUGUUUUCGUUUUUAUUUCCCUGAAUUGACAGGCGAAAAUGCUUGUUAUCUAAAUUGGUCAGAGUCAAAAGUAAUGUUUCAGAAUGAUCAAGAAUGGCACUCUAUUUCGAGCUAUCUAAACGAAACGCAGAACUCUAUUACAAGCAUCCCUUAUGGAAAAUCUAUGAUUAAACUAAAGAUUCAAGGACAUGCUGUUCAAAUUUUGAGCAACUCGUUAGUGAAACUUAGUGUCUCUUGUGGAAACGGAAAAAAUCGCUGCAUCUUAAUGAAAUUUCAUUCUCACGACGAAAGAACGUGGGCAGCUAAUAACAGUAUAAACAGAAACAAGUUGACAGCAAUAGCAGCCUGCCUUUCCGGUGGUAUUUGCGUCUUGGUUGUGCUUGUCUGCUUGUUUUUCAAAUGGAAUAGAAAUAGACUGAAGAAAUCUGCUAGCACACAAGUGAAUACAGAUGCACAAGAUGCACAAGAGACCAUUGAAGAACCAGAGACUUCGGAAGAAGACAUGCUGUGUAUGCACCCCAAUCCUUUAUACAGAAAAAACCACCAACUGAUUACAGCUCAAAAUGAUCCAGGAAAAAAAGCACAAAACGACAAAAAACGAAAUGGACUACAUAAAGUAUUAUAUUCUGAUAAAAUAUGGCCGGUUAUGACUGAUGAUCCCAUUUCUUCAACGAGCAACACCAUCGUGGAUAGACCCGUUAAGAGUUUUGAAAAACCACCAUCAACCAAGGACUGUUCGGAGAUGGAAGAAUCGCUUGAAGAAUUGGAGGUAAGCAAUUCGAUGGAUAGAAAACGACGUAUACUCACCAAAGCGCUGUCAAAAUCACCUAGUACUCCUCUUCAAACUGCCGAUUUCCCUUAUGGUCAGGGUAUAGACACAUCGAAGGCAGUUAAACCUUAUCAUUACGUUACAAUUGACCCAUCAAUGAAUUACGACCGUGUAAUGGAAGAGGAUGUCCAGUUACUCGUGGACAAUGCGAGGAGAGCCAAAUUUGCUGACGAAGAGUUGCAGGAUGGGAUACCAACCAUUUCAAACAACGGUUACGCCGUACCCCGAGGAUGCAAUGCCCAGUCGAAUGAAGAGAGGAAAGUGGACAACAAGGACUCUUACUACAAUUUUGAAGCCAUACAAUGCAAAGCACACUGUGAAAAUCUAGAACCAAGCGAGCUCGGUUAUAUUGCUCCUGAAGAAAUCAACGUUCCUUCUCCCAAAUACAGAUUUCACAAAAUACUUAAUGAAGCAAACGAACAUUACGACCAACCUUCACCUCAAAAAGAUCUGUCAGCAAAAUCACGUGAUCCUACGAUGAAGACUCUGUUUACCGAGGGACAUUAUUAUGGAAACAACACAAAUGAACAUAUGACAAACGAACAUUACGUCCAGCCUUCUCCCCAGAACUACCUUUCAACAGUUUCACGUGAUGCUAUGAUAAAAACUUUGUAUACUGAGGGACAUUAUUAUGCCAAUGACACAUUCAUUAGAGUAAACAAUUCAAAAGGAGGAAAGAAGAUAGACGAAGAAAAUUACGUCGACAUGAAUUGCGCAUGAUCUCCUAAAGGUUCCAAAUUUUAUCUACGACGAGCGUUCACAACAUUUGCUGACCGACUAAGCCCUGGUGGACGUUCUUAUGCGACGCUCGCCAUAUAUUGAUAUUUAAGGACAAAAACCAACUGAAGAUAUGAAAUAAUGUUCAGAAAACAAAAUAUUGUUUUUCGUGCAGGAAGUAUUUUAUGGCUUACACUCUAUAUAAACUAAGAGUGGCGUGGUCACCAUGUAUAUUUUGGUGUUAUUUUGUGUUUUAUUUUUAAAAUCAUUAUCACUUUUUUGGAAAUCGUUUAGUUUUGUUGUACGUGAGUAAAAAAAUUGGCAUAACAAGAAAAAAUUUUCGGGCUAACUA